AAUGGCCAGUGUUGUGACCGUGUUGGGGUCUUGGACUGUCAAGCCCGAAACUCCGACUCCACAACCCCGGAUUCACAAGCUCUCCAAUCUCGACUUCCACAUCUCCUUUGAGAAUUACACCAAGCAAGUCUACUAUUUCCCGCCAUCUAGCAGGGAUGAUCUUGUCGCGAGCUUGAAAGCUUCGCUGUCCAGAGUGCUUGUCCCGUUUUAUGUCUUGGCAGGACGAGUGCGCAAGGCGGAAGAUGGUCACAAGCUGGAGGUGGAUUGCAACGACGCUGGCGUCUCGUUUGUGGAGGCGAGUGCCCCCGACGCCAGCUUCAGCGAUUGGAAAAACAUGGCGUUUUGCUCCAUCGAGCAGCAUCUCAAUCCUUCGGAUGUGGCCAUCACGGAUCCAGACACUGCUCCGAUCUUCAAAGUUCAGGUGACGAAGUUCAAGUGUGGUGGGAUCGCAUUGGGGAUCUUAACGGCCGAAGUGAUCCUGGAUGGAUCGUCAUUCUUUGCGUUUGUGAAUUCUUGGUCCGAAAUCCACCGAGGCCUGCCGCUUUCGAGGCCUCCGGUUUUUGCCUCUAACAUUUUCCAGGCCAGACAGCCCCCAGCGAUCAUUCUGCCAGUCCGCGACUACUACUCCUCUCCGAUCUAUAACACUCACUCGGCCAAAGCAACCGACGUAACGUGCGAGUACGUCGUGAAGAUGUUUGAGAUGGAUCCUGACCAAGUCGACGAUCUUAUCCGAGACGUUCACAGUGGUCCGUACAGCUAUGGCCGCCCUCCAACCUCGUUCGAGGCAACGAGCGCCAUGAUCUGGAAAGCCACCACCGAGGCCAGAGAUCUCCAAGACUCGAUCAUCACAAGCUACGUCUAUGCAAUCUCUCUCAAGGGCAAGAACCGCUGGAACCCCCCAGUCCCAGCCUCGUACAUUGGCAACAGCAUCCACUCGCCAUGCCUCACUGCCAAGGCCGGGGACAUCAAAUCCCGCCAUCUCUCCUACGCUGCGAGGCUCUUCCACGAGGAUAUCCUAAGCACCACUCAAGAACACAUGCAAUCCGCCAUCGAUUGGAUGGAGAUGGAGCUGGGCAGAGGAAGGAAGAUCAAUCUAAAUGGUGAUUUUGUGUCGGGGACUGGGAUCUACAGCACGAGCUUGCACAGUUUCCCUGUGUACAGCGUUGAUUUUGGAUGGGGAAAGACUGUACACUACUCUCUGGUAAUGCAGCCGCCGUGGUAUGGGAACGGUGUCACGGUGAUUCUCCCCAGCCCGAGAGGAGGAAGGCACCGGCGGCUGCUCAUCUCGCUACCUGCAAUCCAUAUGAAGAAGCUCGUGAACCAUGAAUUCUUCCGCAAGUAUACUACUCUCGGAUCGUAAGAAUGAUCUAUUCAUAUCUAUGGGGUGUUGGUAAUUUUUUUCUUGAACUAAGGAUUUGUUUUGAUAAGUAAUCUUAUUUUAAACACAAGGAUUAAAUCCUUAAAAAUGUAAAAGUCUAUAUUUCUGAUUCA